AUGUCAGCAGGUCGAUACAUCCGUAAACGUCCAGGAGCUCAGUCGAUUUCCGAAGAUGAAACAACAGAGAACCCCACCCGGAAUGCUAAUGAUCCGCUUGAGCAUUGCGCCUCAUCGUCCUUGUUAUCUGAGUCAUCCAUGCUCUCUACCUCAGGCUAUGAACACUUGCCUUCCGUCUCCUUCAAAAAUCUCUAUGAUUGUCCGAUUUGUUUCCAACUUUUCCGCGAGCCGUACUCAACGUUAUGUGGUCAUUCAUUCUGCCGUGAAUGUAUCAGUGCACAUUUGGAACGUUCUUUGCGAUGUCCUGUGUGUAGUCGAGGUCUGGAUCCAAGAUCUGGUCCAAUUGUCUUUCCUAAUUUUACGGCAGCUAGCAUCGUGGAUGCAAUCCGACGUAACAUGAAAACAGCGCGCAGUCUUACAGCCGCCAGUGGUAGAAAUGAGGGAUUGGAGUUAACAAGCGAAAAACUAAUUGAUUUGGCUUUAAAUGCAGACGCUCGUUUUCUGGAUCAUUUUAUGGAUCUUCUCAAAAAACGACGUGAACAGAUAAGUAGUAAUGUCACUCGGAGAAAAAACAUGCUGCUGAACGAGUUUAUUGAUGAAAUGAUUACACAACGAGAAGAAAAGCUCAAACAGCUUCAGAAUGAGCUAUCGAUUUUACGAAAUGAUAAAGCUUCGGUCCAGACUGCUACUGUAUCCAAACCUCAAUAA